AUGGUUAGAAAAAUUAAGAAAAUUUGUUUCUAUCAACAUUCCAUACGAUUUGCAAUAAUUUUAAAUUUAUUAAUUACGCAUAGUGGACUUGGUCCGACCACAGCAUUAUUUGUUGAUUAUGCUGAUAACACCGAACUGAUUCAAGAUGUACCCGGUCAAAAUAUAACACUUCAAUGCGGUACCAAUGGUCUUAUAAAUGAUGGGAAAGACAAUGGCAUCAAGUACCUGUGGUAUUUUAUGCAAUGCGGUGAAAAUUCUGGCGGAGUAGUCAACUGUUAUCAUUCGGUGAAUGACGAUGAUUGGACCCAAUUGCCGUGUGAGGAUAAUUUUUGCAAACCCGAUUUGCAAUUGAAAAAUGUUACCGAAAAAUACUCGGGCCUAUACAAAUGUACUGUGGUGCCCCAGGUGGGUAGUAGUAUUGUGGAUAUCAAAUUAGUGCGAACCUAUCAAUUGGAUAUACGAAAUACCUCACAAAAGAUUCCCGAAUUUCUGGAUGGUUACCCGUUGAAUAACACCAUUACCUUGGGAUUUCAGGCUGUCUUCCAGUGUCGUGUCUAUUGUGAGGAGUAUCCAACAAUUAAAUGGUUUCGUCGACUUCCCGAACGUAACAAAUUUACCGAAUAUGACAGUUUACAUUCCAUUGUCCAUUAUAAUGGACGAGCCUAUGAAUUGUUGACAUCGGCUGGAGAAAAACCCCUGGGACAUGAUAUUUAUCUAAGUAAACUUAUUUUGAAUAAGGUACAGCCACAUGAUGAGGGAUUCUAUGCCUGUGUGGCAAUCACUGUUCAUGGUCAUAGUAUUCGUGAGGCAUAUCUGCAGGUGGAUACUAGCGAAUAUGAUGAUGGGUCGCCGGCUUAUUGGUCAGAUUAUAGCGAAGAGACUGGGGAAAAUAACGAUGAUGAUGCCACAAGUGAUCCAAGUGAAUUUUGGUUACUCUUUCUAAUGCCCUUGGGCCUAGCCUUACUACCACUUACAGUUUGGCUUUGUUAUCUUGCACAUAAACGUUGCAGAACUGCCAGCAGUAAUUCCGAAGAACUGCUUUCAAUUGAUCAUCAACGUAUGUUAAGGAAAUAA